AUGAAAGUGUUCGAUGCUUGGGGCAAACCACUACCAUCUGGUUUACUGAAAGGAAAUGUCUUCUGGCUAGGUAAUUAUGAUGAAUGUAUUAAUCCAUUGUAUCAAAUAAACAAUAAAUCUUUCGUACGACAACUAAUAGAUACUCAAUAUUGUGCUCUCCAAUCCAAUCCCAAUAAACAACAAGUAGCGGUAAGUUCUGGUUUAAUACUUGGUCUCUGUUUGCCAGCAUCUUGUACUCGCCAGUCAAUUGUCACACUCAUACGCGAGAUUUUUAAACUUCAUAAUUUGACUAAAGAUUACUUACAUUGUUCCAACGAUCGUUCCAGUGAACAGAUUGUGUCUUCGUGGACUGCUGAAAAUGAAGCAAGAAAAUCUUCUUCAUCUGUACUGUAUGUUUGGUCAGGACAAGAUCGUUCCGUUCCAAAUGCUGCUGAUUUCGUUGCUGUAAUCGACUUUGAUGAAAAGUCUCCUACCUACGGGAAUAUUUUAAGAACAGUUUCACUUAUUUCAGACCCAGUCAACGGCAUUGGACAAGUCGGAAAUGAGCCACAUCAUUCGAGUAUUUCUGCCGAUGGUCGUUAUUAUGUGACCGGUGGUCUUCUCAGCUUUCUUUCUGGAAAUAAAGAAGUAUUUGUCUGGCAUAUUCCCAAAAAUCCUAGAGAAGGUCCGCAGUUUCUCUAUGCACUUAAUGUAUCAGGCGCCUGUGUAGACGAAUUUUUGCCAAUCGGUCGCUCUGAAUUUCUUGUGAGCAUGAUGUGUAAUGAAAAAGCUGCCAAUCCAGGUGAUAUAGUGUAUUUCAAUGCUGAAACUCGUAUGACAAAAUCUAUCCUCAAAAAUAUUUCAGCUUUCAUCGAUUUUAAUCCACAUGGAUUCGGUCAACUUUCUAAUGGUUCAAUUUUCGUAGGAGACUAUCUUGAACCAAUAACAUUAGUUGGCACCAAUCCAUCACAAAUUAUAUUUCGAAAUACGGCUCGACAUAUUCUUCCUGAUGGAACAUUAGAACGUACAUUUCAAUUCCAAUUUCCUACGACACCUGGAUCAUCAACUGGAAUUGGAGUGGGCAUUGGAUUUAUGGAACUUAAACCUAUUCCUGGUGAUCCAUUUGGACGUUCUUAUGCCUGUGGUACUAGUGUGAACAAUAUAUAUCUAAUCGGUCCAGGAAUGCCUCAGCCUAUCUUAGCUAUUGAUCUUUCUCAAGUGAAUGGAAAUCAAAAACGCAUUAGUGCUGGUCUAUUAUCCUUUUUUUCGAAUGGUCAACGUCUGUUGAUGACAUUUCAAAUGCGAUACAUUAUUCUAGCCAAUACAACAAGACCAGAAAAACCGAACAUUCUUCGUGUAUUCGAUUUUUGCACUGAUCCAACACUCAAAUAUGUCACAAUUGGUAUUCCUGAUUCAUUCGAAAAAACUACUUUUGCCAAAUUCUGUACUCAAAAUAAUAAUAUUACUGGUUCACACGCUGUUUUAAAACCAAAAUAUGAGAAUCGAUUCAUCGUGAUGAACUAUUUUCUUAAAUUUGGCUUGGCUCAAUUUUCUGGUACACGAACUGUACAUGCAUUUAAACUCAAUAAGGAUUUGACUGAUUUCGAAUACGAUCAUAAAUUUAAUCCUAAUUUUCAAUUGGAUCAUUCACGCAAAAGGCAACGUCGGACAUUCCAUUCACUACAAGCAUAUCCACAUCAUGCUCAAUAUUUGAAAUUAAAGAAAUAG